CCCACCAGAGCUGCCGUGCGGGGCGGCGCGGGGACGCGGAGUGCGCUCGGCGUAGGACGAGAUGUUGUUUUGUUGUGGCGAUCAGCUGAAUGUGGCAUCACUGUCGGCUGUGACACCGCAGCGGGACGCACCAGCACCUUCCGCGGGUGCGCCUGCACACCAGCGUAGCCGCCGGCCGCGGCGCUUCUCAGACCAGGAAACGCGGACUUCUGGCCGUUUCGCUACGGGCUAAAAUCGCUGCGGCGCGGAUACGACAGCAGGCUGCAACACACCCACUCAAACAGUCAUAUCCGCUCUCAGUCUCUGGCUCUCCCUGCUCGUCUCACAGUGCCUGUAAAGAGUCUCUGAGGGGGAAGACCAGACUGCUUGGUCAGAUCCAUAGAGAAUGUGGAAACUCUGACAAUCUUGACAAGUAACAAAGAAGAUAAAGAGAAAACCUUGGAAGGACCUGUCAAAUGGCUGAAAGAAGAGGAGAAGUAAUCAGCUUUGCUCAGCAAGAACAUCCAUGUUUACCUGCGUUCAUGCAGUUCCAGGGCACAUUUUAAUGAUGCCCCAUCUGCUCGUCUUAAAUAACUCUUUACCUGAUGUAAAAAAUAUCCCACACUUUCUUUUGCAAUUUAGUUUGUCAAUGGUUUCCUGUCUUUGACCUCCUUGCUGCCAAUGACAAAACUGUUGUACCAAUGAGGCUCAUAGAGCCCUUCACCUUCAGUCUGUGAGGUCUCCUCUCCACUCUAUGGAGGCUGAGCCCAGCCGUCGGCCUGAUAGGGAGUGCUCUGAAAGGCAGGGGCAACAGCACGAGACAGUUGAAUCUUCACUAGAGUCUUGUCCACCUCAGCAGCCCAGGCAGCCUCCUGGCUAUCGUCCUGUACCCAGAGGUUUGGGCCGCUCACAAAACCGCCAGUCCAGACGUUCUGACCUUCUUCGGUUACAGCAACGGCAAGCUGCAGAAUGGCAGCUUUCAGACUCUCUCGUUCCCUUAGGAAGCAGCUUCUUAUCUACAGCAUCCCCCGCUGCUUCAUCCCUCUCCUCUAAAUCCUCUACCCAAGAUGAGCACCUUUACGAGGUUCCAUCCCACUCCAGUCAAGAAGGCCUCGAAAGUAUCUGCUCGCCCAGAAAGGGGGAAAAGAAACCACAAAAACCUGGGAAAUAUGUGUGCACUUAUUGUGGCCGUCCAUGUGCCAAACCAAGUGUUCUUCAGAAACAUAUCCGCUCCCAUACAGGAGAAAGACCCUACCCUUGUGUCCCUUGUGGCUUUUCAUUUAAGACCAAAAGCAACCUGUACAAACACCGUAAAUCCCAUGCCCACCGCAUUAAAGCCGACCUGGCUUCCUGUCGGGAUGAACCAAGUUUAAGUGGUCCAGAAGGUAGCGGUGUUGGGGAGGACCCUGAGGAACACACAGAUGGAGAAAGCACAGAGUCUGAAGAAGAGACGGCUCAGCAUAGAAAACUCACCUCAAAGGAGAUGCUGAGGCAGUUGAGGAGAAGUGAUAAGGAGUACCAUCGAGGUUUGGAAGAGAGCCAAAGACCUGAAGACUCACAGGCUGUCAAGCAAAGACUAGCACUGAGGCUAAGUGAAAGGAAACGUGGCCCGAUGGUCUCUCCGGAUGAUGCCACUACCUCCCUCUCCAGCUCCUCUUCCUCUCUAGGUCCUGGUAGUAAGGGCAGCACAGAGUCUGGGUAUUACUCUGGAUCAGGUAGUACAGAACUUUCCCAGGUUAGCCCCCCCAGUUCCAGUGCCAAAACAUACGCAGAAAUCAUUUUAGGGAAGUAUGGAAGAAUAGGAGGGCAGCAACGCAGUCCCCACCAACAGCAGCCUCAUUGUUCACAUCCUUUAUCCUCAGGAGCUGAGGAGAAGAGCAUUUCCUUUGCUGUGCCCAAAACUCAAGUGAUAGAACACAUAACCAAACUCAUUACCAUUAAUGAAGCAGUGGUGGACACCAGUGAAAUCGACAGUGUUAAGCCGCGUCGCUCCUCCCUAUCCAGGAAGAACAGCAUGGAGUCACCCAAAUUUAUUGUCCAGAGAGAUCCCUACACAUUUGAUCCCAAAGAGGAGGCAGUGGGCCCAAGUGGUAUGAGACACCCCCAAAACCCUGAGGUAGAUCCACUUGAUACACCAGACUCUUCAGCAGUGCCUUUUUUUCGAAGCCACUCAAUGCCCUCACCUACCAGCCAAACUAUGCCCUUCACUUCUGGGACUGCAUCUCCUAGAGGUCACCGUCUUUGCCAAUCAUUUGAUGAGCAGCAAAUAGUAGUUGCAGAGAUGAGGGCUACACAGCGCACGCUCAAACGCCAACCCGCAAUCGAGGUUCCCAUUGGAGCCGAGUUGAUGUUGGAAGAAGCAAGUUCAACCUCCAUGUCCUCCACCUCCAGAGGCACAGAGUCGGUCAAGCAGCCACAGCAACAACAUCAAGAAAAAAAGACUCCCUGUGGGUUUGAAUGUGAAGUAUGUGGGGCCUAUUUUCAAAGCACUGAAGCCGUUGAGCCUCACAGAAGCAUCUGUCCAGGAAAAGAACAAGAGGGUGAAGAUGCAAGUAAAACAUGCAAGGAGGAAUGGCCCCUGAUGAUGCACUAUAAGUUUCGAGCACUAGCAAUUGCUGUGAGGAAAAGAAGAAAAGAGGAGAGUUUGGAGGAGGAUCCUCCCAGCCCUGUACCGGUGUCAGGCAGCACCACAGGCAUUGCCUCGAUGCCAAGCAGAUCUGAGCACAGACAGGAAAAUUCAGGUGUUACUUUACAGUCGAAGCCAGAAACACAGCAACAGCAAGAGAGGAAGGGUGUGUCUGUCAUCCAGCAUACAAGCUCUUUUGAAAAGCAGGAGAGCAUUUCAAUGGAAAGCCAAGAACCAGACCUCAGAGAGAAUAAGCAAACACAACGACCUGAGCCAAAGCCAACACCGUCCACAUCGCGCCUCAUCCGCCAGCCAAACAUACAGGUUCCUGAGAUCCUUGUUACAGUGGAGCUUGAUCCUGACAUACCAUCUGUGUCUUCUGCAGUCACAGCAUCGUCAUCCAAGGAGUCAGAAAAAGCUGAGGAGUUUCACUGGCCUCAGCGAAGCCAGACUCUUGCACAGCUCCCUGCAGAGAAGCUGCCACCAAAGAAGAAGAGACUGCGCUUAGCAGAAGCUGCCCAGUCUUCUGGAGGGUCUAGCUUUGGAUCUUUGUCAAUGCCUCGCAGCCCCAGUCAAAAAAGCAACAUUUCAAGCCAUUCUGCAUCAUUUGAGGACACAGUGCAGUCCGAACCCUCUGUUUGGGCCUCUGGAAACCAAAAUUCUCAGAUGUUAAUGGUACCACCUGCUUCUCACCAACAGAGCCACAAAGAAAUGAGACGCUCAGCCUCAGAGCAGGCACCAGCUAGCCCACAACAAACAAAAGAGAUCUCAGAAACCAGAAGUAAGUCAUUUGACUUUGGAUCCCUGUCCUUUCAGCAGUCUACAUCCUCCUGGAAAGAAAGACAAAAAUGUCUACUUAAAAAUCCUGUUCCAGAUGAACCCGGGCAAACAGUGACCAACAUUGUACAGUUGUCCAGGGCAGAAAAUCCCAAAUCUGGUCUUUCCCACUCUCCGCACCCCUCUGUGUGUAAUACUGAGGUAAGCUCUGAGCUACGCCUUGAAGGAACAGGAAAGGCUUUACAGCUGCCAUCACCUCAGAUCUUCCCGGCCUCCCAGGAUCUGCCAAUUUUGCAGCAUAGAGGUCACUUUGCUUUACCCCCAGUAUCCCCGUCACAGCUUCUCCCUGUCACUGCAGCCCUAUCUGAAAACCUGUCCUCCCAAGUCAUCCACCGAGCCUUCUUACAUUCGCAAACAGGCGUUUCACCCCUUCGAAUACAUUCACCACAGAUCCAUGUGUUGGACAAUAUGAGAAUACCAUUGCAUCAGGUUCCUCCUUUAGUUCCCAUGCCCUUUCCUUCCAGGAAUAGAGCUCUGUACUUUUCUGUCACUCCGAGGCUAGGUGCAAAUGUUCAUUCACUAUCCUCAACAGAGACUAGACCUUCUAUAUCCUCCAUAUCUGCUACCCAAACAGAACAGUCUGUUGUGACCUUCUCCUACCAUCAUCCACAACCAGUCAUUGCCACAUGCUUGGCACAGCUCGCACCAGUAGUUUCUCUUGUAGUACCAGUGCGCCUCCAGGUUCAUAUACCUACCUUCGCUAGUGCCAUGUAUACUACCAUAUCCCAAAUUCUGGCUUCUACUCAAUCACAGGAACCGGUUUCUUGCACAGCUAUGGUCAUCAUGGGCCAGGUCAGUCGGGACAAGCUGCAAAGAGAUUAUCUAAAGAUCCCCUCCCAAGACAUCAAGAACGUCCUUUCUUCAUCUUUGCCAACAGAAAUGGCCUCAAGCUUUGGUGAGGGAUGUUGUGCACUGGGAGCUGGAGGGAGCAAACGCAUGCUUUCUCCAGCCGCUAGUCUAGAGCUCAGCACAGAAGCUCAGCAUCACCAGAAAAGGGUGAAAGAGGAAGAAGAGCAAUGUCAGGGUGACAAUGUGGAGCUUGAGGAAAGACAGGAAGAGAAAGUUAAAGCCUCUACGGAAGAACUGGAAGACGAAGAGAGAAAACCAAUUGAAAGAGUUAAAGAUGCAUUGGUGAAAACAGAAGGCAUGCAAGAUCAAUUACCAAGAAAAUACAAAAGAGAUGAAAAAAAGGGAGAGAAUAAAAGAAAUGAGAACACCAGUCCAAAUAAGGAAGAGGUACCAAUUCUGGAACCAGGGUUUGAAAGCAUCCCUUCACACCCCAGCCUCCACACCUCCACCUCAGUCAACUGGUGCUACUUGAAGUAUGUCAAACCCAACCCAUGUACCCAGAGGGACCCUAGUACCUCAGUUUAUUCAACAUGGAGCAUCAGUGCUCACAAUCCCAACUUGCCAGGCCUAAGCACAAAGGUGGCCCUGUCUUUGCUGUGUUCCAAACAGAAGCACUGCUCUGAGACAUAUACCAUGGCAACAGCUACAACAGCAGCCAAACUACAACUGUCCCCUGCAAGCCAAAAGACAUCACUCUCUGUGUCUGAGGUAAAUGAUACUCCACCCAGCACCCUUAUCGAAGUAAAGACACAACAAAAGCACAAAAAAGAGGAAAGUAAGACCUCAAAAGAGGAGAAGGCAGCCUCCUUUUCCAAACAGAGUGGAUCUUCUUCCCGAGUUCACAUCUUUGAAGGAGGAUACAAGUCCAAUGAGGAGUACAUCUAUGUGAGAGGCCGCGGCAGAGGGAAGUACAUAUGUGGAGAAUGUGGCAUACGCUGCAAGAAGCCGAGCAUGCUGAAAAAGCACAUCAGAUCGCACACUGAUGUGCGCCCGUAUAUUUGCCAACACUGCAAUUUUGCAUUCAAAACCAAAGGAAACCUUACAAAACACAUGAAGUCAAAGGCUCAUGGGAAAAAAUGUCAGGCUAUGGGGCUCUCUGAGUCAUCACUGGACGAGCCAGAAAGCGAGGAAACAGCAGGAAGUGAGGGUCAUGCCUGUGGCUCAGAGGAGCAGGGGGAGCAACAAUUUUCAGAUGUGGAGGAGUCUGAUUACGAGGAAGAGGAGGAACAAGAAGAGGAGUCUGCCUCCCAUGAAGAUUUGUUAUCCUCCUGUUCGUCGGAUACCCACCCAUCAUCGGGGGGGCACUCCAGCUCCAGUCGGCACUCACAACGGGGUACUCCUGACCCAGAGCCUAGUCCCAGCCUUGAUCUGGAACCCCCCCCUCGAGGAGUGUGGCCCAGCAGGAGAGCAUCGUCACCAGGCAGCAGGAGAGUACUGUUCUCCCAGCGAAACUGGAAGGUGUCUACAAGAGCCUUCUCUCCCAGCAGUGAAAGCUGCUCUCCCAGCCACAGCCUCUCCCCCCGUCUGGAUUUUCCCUCGCCGAUCCGCAGCCUUUCCCCAAGGGGUGAGCUCUCCACUCCCAUGCGACACAUCUCAUCCUCCCCUGAGAGGGGGCCAUCCCCCAUCAGACCCCUGUCUCCUCUUCGUCCCAUUUCCCCAAGUUGCUACAAACCAUCUCAAGUUCCUACCCUUCCCUCGUUGAGAUUACAGCACAGAACCACUGGACUCCUGCCUUGGGAGAGUCCCAGCACAAAAGGAGGCGAUGCCAAUACGGAGAAAGGUGGUACAGCAGCAGAGGAAACCAGCUUGUUUUCAUCUGCUUUUCGGCUUUCAACUGGUGAAACUUAUCCUAGCCUCCAAACUGCGGACACCACCUUCAGCCAUCUUCCCAUGCACUCCCAACAAGCCAAAGUGAACUACCUGAUGAUACCAAUCGGUGGGAUCCAAAUGGUACAAGCAAGGCCAAGGAGCCACCCCACAAUACCUUCAUCACCAACAUCUCCCCCACUAGAGGAGCAUUCGAUGGCCCAUUUAGAACCAUACUGGGGCGGGACCCCCAGGACCCAAGUGCUUAGUACUCUUGCAGACCACUGGUCUGGGCACCAGAUAGGAACCAGCCAGCCAGUGCAGCACGAUUUUACUACAGCAGAAGCAUCUUCUAAACCAGAUUUGCAGAGACCAAAUUUAAAGCAGAAUGGCAGCUUACAAAGCUCCGUCCAGACCCAAAGCUCUUCUACGGAGACCAGCCAAGGCUGCGCCACAGACAGUCCAUCCAGAGCGCCUCGACUCAGUUUAGCAGUCCCUGUAGCCUCGUGUGUCACUAGACAGCAGCCAGAGAAAAAGGAGCUACCUUCCUUUGCAGAUGGGAUAGAGGGAGGAACUGAAGAACAUUCAGAUGGCAAAGACCAGAGCACUUAACAGUGUGACCACCUUGAUGCAUCUCGCAUCCCACUUUGCUUAUUGUUUGCUACACUAGUCUUGUUCUUUAUUGUUUUGUUUCUAUAAAGUUUUCAAUACUACUGUUAAAUUUUUUUUUGGCUCUUUAGCAAUAUUCAGGUUUGUUACAUAUUGCACUCUUUUUUGUGUGAAGGAAAUUUACAUAUAUCUAUAUCUAUACAUCUAUAUCUAUAGAUAUAGAUGUAUAGAUAUAUACUGUAUAUAUAUUAGGGGUGUAAUGCUACACGUAGUUGAACCAAACUGUUUCGGUACGGCAGUUUCGCAUAUAUAUGUGUGUGUGUCUCUCUCUCUCUCUCUCUCUCUCUCUCUCUCUCUCUCUCUCUACAUACAUAUGUAUAUGUGUAUAUAUAUAUAUAUGUAUAUACAUAUAUAUAUAUGUAUAUAUAUAUAUAUGUGUAUAUAUGUGUGUGCGUGUGUAUUUGCAAGUGUAUGUAUGCAUAUGUGUAUAUAAAUAUAUGUGUAUAUAUAUAUAUACAUGUGUAUAUAUAUAUAUAUCUGUGUGUGUAUGUAUAUAUACAUCUGUAUGUAUGUGUAUAUAUAUAUAUAUAUAUAUAUAUAUCAGUGUGUGUAUAUGUGUGCACACACUUGCAUACCUUCUGUAACUUUACUGGUAAUCUUAAUGUCUGACCAUUUGUCAAAGGACUAAAACAAUAUAAAUAAAUUUAUAAAUGACCAAAACCUAAAAGAAUUCUAUUUCUGUUCAUUUAAUUUAGAAUAAAAUUGUAGUUUUAUUUUGUGUUCUGAUGGCUUCCAGUCUUUUUCUAGUUUUUUUUAUUUUAUUUUAUUUUUUCAAGAUUAACUGAGACAUGCAUUAUAGGUAUACAGAAAGAGUAAUGGAAAAAUAAUCAAAGGAAAUGCACUGAAGUUCUAUUUUUAUUACAAAGAAUCUAAAUUAGAGUAUUUGUCUGUACAGGGAAUGUGCUCCUUAUUUAUUGUUAUUGGAUGACGAUGAGAAUCAUUUUGAGCUUUUGUUUUUGGGAAAAAAACGUGUCUGUUACAUCUUUGUGUCUUUUUUAUCAUGUCCAUGUAACUUGAAUUUGUUAAAAAAGAAGAAAAAAACCGGACAAAUUGAGCUUUACUGGUAUCAAAGAAUCAAGUGCCAUGCAGAUUUCACAUAGUGAGAUUUUUAGUUAUUGAAAGAAAAAAAAAUAAAAGCAUCAGACACCU